UUUUAAACUUUUGGCUAAUCGAUAAAGAAGUUGAAGUUUUUCACUAAAUGCUUUUUGCGGAUUUUAGGCAGUAAAGUUCUUCCCUGGGAUUACCUUGCCCUUACUCUGCCUUGCCACACCUGGCAGACCUUCUCUCUUGACUUGGAGUGUGGAUUAUUCUAGAUUUUUUUCUCUACUAUUAUGCAAUGUGACUUUUGUCCUAAACAGUGUGACCAAGGAACCCCCUGAAACAUAGCCAGAGACCAUUAAGGGUGGCCUAUCAGGAAAGGCUGAAAAUUCUGGCAAGUCUGACACUUUUCCAGGCUGACCAGAUUGCCAAAGGGAACACAGAAGAAGGGGAGGGAAGAACAACCUGCUUUUCUGGAGCAGACGCCGUUAUGUGUGGCACUGCACUCACUUUCAGACCAUGCUGAAGUCUAAAUUGAAUGUCCUAACACUGAAGAAGGAGCCUCUCCCAGCCGUCAUCUUCCAUGAGCCGGAGGCUAUUGAACUAUGCACCACCACACCGCUGAUGAAGACGAGGACCCACAGUGGCUGCAAGGUUACCUACCUGGGGAAAGUCUCCACCACAGGCAUGCAGUUUUUGUCGGGCUGCACCGAAAAGCCAGUCAUUGAGCUCUGGAAGAAGCACACGCUAGCCCGAGAAGACGUCUUUCCGGCCAACGCCCUCCUGGAGAUCCGACCCUUCCAGGUGUGGCUGCAUCACCUUGACCACAAAGGGGAGGCCACGGUGCACAUGGAUACCUUCCAGGUGGCCCGCAUCGCCUACUGCACCGCCGACCACAACGUGAGCCCCAACAUCUUCGCCUGGGUAUACAGGGAGAUCAACGACGACCUGUCCUACCAGAUGGACUGCCACGCCGUGGAGUGCGAGAGCAAGCUGGAGGCCAAGAAGCUGGCCCACGCCAUGAUGGAGGCCUUCAGGAAGACUUUCCACAGUAUGAAGAGCGACGGGCGGAUCCACAGGAACAGCUCGUCGGAGGAGGUCUCCCAGGAAUUGGAAUCUGACGACGGCUGAAGGAACCCAACGCGCGUCAGUGACGGCGGCAUCGGUCAAGGAAUUGAAGAUGACAGAUGAGUAAGCAACCAUUCAAAUUUGGGAUGAAAAGACUGCCAAACUAUUGGCUGACCAAGCUUUUUAAAUUCAGAAGAUGAAUUCUAAAUCUAAAGAAAUGUAUCAUUAAAGUAAUUACGUUCCAUUGAAAUCUGCUGCUGCUGUGACUGUGAGGAGGGUGGGAGUGUGGAGGGGAGGAAGGUUCUAGACUCUCUUCUUAGGGUUUCUUCUCACUUUCUGAUGCCUCUCUGGGAGAGCUCUGUGCCAGUUUUAACUCCUCUCAGGCAAACGCUCUGUGGCUGGUGUUGGAUGGACCGCUCCAAUCUGCCUUAUGAAAUCCAACGAGAAUGGUAGAGGGACCUGUCAGCUCUCUGGGGCGGGGGGCAGAGGGGGGACAGAUGCUGUCCUGUGUCCUGCCCUCAGGCUUGAAGGACACGUGGGGUGGGGAUGACCCAGAGAGCUCCCCUUCCCUUGGCACGUUUCAGAUUCUCUCCUCCAUAUGCAAAUCAGCACAGCCUUCAUUGAGCUUUACAACUAACAACCUGGUAGUUGGCAGUUAAUUCACAGUUAAAGAUAAUGCUUUUAUUUACAUAAAUAUAUCAAGUAGUAUCCUCUUAUUGUAUUGACUUCAUCUAUUUUCUUAGAAUACUUGCAGCUACUAAUAACCUCUUCCCUCCUCCGGCCCCAGCCACCCUCUUUGCUCCUUCUGACAUCCCUAGUGGGUUAGCACCUCAACAUACACUGCAGGACACCAAAAGGGAAGAAAAUAACCAAGCAAAUGAAACAGUCAAAAAACCAACCAACCAGGAGCUUAAAACAACCACCACCACAACAGAAGCUCUGGAAAUGAGGGAGGAAUAAUCAGCAAGUGAAGAAACUUCACACACGCUGUCCUAUUUCUUGUCAACUCUGACUUAAAGAACGGUAACUUAUUUAAUUGAUGGUCCUGUCUGACGCAUCCUUCAUGGCAAGAUUCAAAACUGAUUUGACAUCACCAAGGCAUCCUUCAACAUUGCACUUAAAGAGGGAAUGAGUUAGAUAAACUUGGCUUGUGUAGAGAACCCAUGUCCACCUUAACCUAAAGGGAAAUCUUAUCUUGUUAUCUUAAAAUUGGUGAUAUCCUAGCAUCAGAGUUGCCUGGUUUUUCUUUUUUUCUUGUUGUUGUUGUUAUUUUUAAUGAGAAGUUCUCACUAAGAAAUCCUGAGAUUUCCCAGUUUCCUGGACCUUUAAAUAUUAUAAAAGCAAUGAGUCAAAAUGGAAUGAAAUUGAAAAUGUUCAAAUACAUACACUGAAGACCACGAGCACAUGACACCUUUUCCAGGUGAUUCUGCUCCUUUAAGGAAGUCUGUUUUUAAUCCUGGUAGUAUUAGGGUCACUGGGGCACCUCGGAAGCCUUAAAUGAGAGCUGAUCCCAUCUGGAACGCGACAGUGUCAGCAUUUUGGUCCGCGUAUCUGUGUGUCAGUGUAUGCGUUUGUGUGUGUGUACGUGUGCCUCCCACAUGUGGUGGGUCCAGUUUUCAGGCAUGUAGAAGCAGCAUGAGGUCAAACUGAGGAAGACUCACCUCUUGAAGAUAUGCUUGUCGCUUUACCACAUAUGUAAACUGUUCUUUAGCAUAAAUGCAUUCAUUCUUUAAUAAAAAUAUGUUUGCAUUAAUAAAGCAGAGGAGUUUCAUAA